UUUUUUUUUUCUGUUGCGGUUCUAUGCCAACUUUUUUGUGCUACUUCUGUAUUCUUUGACCGAGUAAACUAGUAUACGUAAAACUUAUCGACUAGUUUACCUUUAAGAUAUGGUAAACAUAACCACAAGUGGGGCGCCGAUAAUGAAAAUUUGUAGGUAGUCUAGGAAAUCUAAACAAGACGACUAGGGUUAUUAAUCUCUGUUCGUUUCCUUAACCGUUAACUCACGUGCUCUGACGUUUUUAAACAAAACACGUUACUCUUACAUUCAUUUUUUGUAUCUUUCUUCGUCUAAACUUCCUUUUUACGUUUGUGCAUCAACCGCGUAUUUGUGCGAUAUUACAACAACCUUCUCAUUUGUAUGCAUAUUUUGUCCAAAAUAGUUGCUGAAGUUAGUGGACAGUGUGUUUUUUAUAAGCCAAGAAAUUUUCCGUGGAACAACGUGGUGAUUAGACAAUAAAAGAUCUUACUUUGAACGUGUUCGUUAUAACUUAAAUGAAUUAUAAAUAGAAAAUAAUGGAUUCUCAAUACAAAAUAAUUCAUCCUGUAAAAUAUCUACAUGACCAUCUGGCCCAAAAUAUAAGACCAGAUGGAAGACAAUUUUUAUCCUUUCGUCCAAUAAGCGUUAAUGUAUCUUCAAUAACUCAAGCUGAUAGUUCAGCGAUAUUUAAAAUAGGAAAUACUACAGUAAUUUGUGGUAUCAAAGCUGAAUUGUCAGCACCCAAAGCGGAAACCCCUGACAAAGGUUUUAUCAUACCCAAUGUUGAACUUUCUCCAUUAUGUUCUCCCAAAUUUCGUCCAGGUCCACCAAGUGAAGAAGCUCAGGUUAUUUCUCAAUUGGUAGAAGAUAUUUUAACUAAUUCUGCUACAAUAGAUCUUAGAAGUUUGUGUAUUUGUGAAGAUAAAUUAGUAUGGGUAUUAUAUUGUGAUCUUUUGUGUAUCAAUUAUGACGGUGCAGUUGUAGAUGCCUGUACUGGUGCAUUAGCAUGUGCUCUUAAAUCUUUAACCUUACCACGAGUAACUUAUGAUCCACUCAACGGAAAUACUUGUGUACAACAUGAAGAUAGAAUUUCAUUACAAAUCAAAACUAUACCUGUUAGCACAACUUUUGCUAUUUUUGAUGGGCAACUUUUAAUUGCUGAUCCAACAGAUGAUGAAGAAAGCUUAUCGUUAGGAAAAUUAAUAAUAGUGUCAGACGAAGAAGCAAUAUGUUGUGUGCAUAAACCAGGUGGUAUUCCAGUAUCAAAAGAUUUAUUUAUAAAAAGUUUAGAAAAAUCUAAACGAAGAGCCGAGUUAGUGCGAUCAUUGAUAAAUACUGCUAUGAUAACAGUAGUAAAAAAUAAGUCGAAUAUAUUAGAUGAAAAUGCUAUGGAAAUAAGUAAAUGAAGAUUUAAUAAAUUAUACAUUAUUUUUCUUUUGUAUUUAUGAUUUUCAUAUAUAUUUUGGUCCUAUUUCAGAAUAUAUAUAUUAUACGUAAUUUUUUAAGAAUGGAGACUUUAAAAUUUGUAUUUUAUUAAGUAAAUAGAAUUAAAAGUUUUGGAAAUAUAUUUUAAUAAGAAAUGAAAACAAUCAAAAUAAAUUAUAAACUAUUUGUAUAAA